UGCAGGACGUGGGAAGAGGGGACUGUAUGGGGACAGCCCCGCUCUGGGAAUCCCCAAGCCAGGAUAACUCCGGCAGCACCGAGGACUCAGAAUUGAUGUUAGGGGGGUCCCUGUCAUGGAGUACCCCCCAGGAACUCCCUCUCAUGGCCCCAGGGGGGCGGAAGUACUCUGAUCACUGUGAGGAACGGGCAUCUCGGCCUGGGAAGAGCCGCAUCCCCGGGCGGGACCAUCGGCGCUAUUAUCAUGAGCACUGGCGGGCUGAGUACCUGAUGGACUUCAACCCGGCACGACAUGGCAUGAUCUGCAUGGUGUGUGGCAGUGCCCUGGCCACCCUCAAGCUGAGCACCAUCAAGCGUCACAUCCGCCAGAAGCACCCCUACUCAGGGGCUUGGGGGCCCUGUGAGAAGCAGGUCAUCAUCCAGAGCUGGGACACCCACCUUGGGCUGAAAGGGGAGCUGAGGGGGCAGAGGGACUCUGCCCAGGCAUCUGAUAGCCUGCUGGGCACACAAGGGAUGCUGUUGGCAGGGGAUGGGUUCCGGCGGCGGCGGCGCACCCCAUGCCCAUCUCCACAGGGCGCUGCCCGGCUGCUGGCGCCUGGGGGCAGGAAGGCAUCGCCCAGCACCCGUCGGCUAGAACGCUACGUACGCGAGUCCCUGCAGAGCUGGUUCCAGGCCGAGUUCCUCAUGGAUUACGAUGCCCAGGGCAACCGGCUGCACUGCAUGAUGUGUGGGUGUGGGCUGCCUAGCCUCAACUUGGAUGAUAUCAAGCGCCAUGUGCUGCAGGCCCAUCCCGCCUCGCUGUCCUUCAGCCCCGCGGAGAAGAGCGCCAUCCUGGAGGCCUGGAAUUCCCGAGCCUUGGUGUUGGCGGCUGGCAAGGAGGAGCCCCCUGCAGAGCCCAAUGCCCCCUCACCUUGGGACCUUGAUGCUGAGUCCCCUGAGCCGUGCCCAGCAGUGGCUGCCCCAGAGGCAGAGGAGAGCACCUCCCCGGAAAGCUGGGCCAAGGAGGAGCCUGAGGCACCAUGGCAGCUGGAUGCAGAGGGCACGGGGGGACUGUUGCGGGGUAAGGACCAUCGGCGCCACUUCCAGGAGGACUGGCUGCUGGAGUACCUGAUGGACUACCACGGCGAGCGGCGCGGGCUGGUGUGCAUGGUGUGCGGGGGGGCGCUGGCCACCCUCAAAAUGAGCACCAUCAAGCGCCACAUCCGCCAGCGGCAUCCCGACUCCACCCUGCUCAGCCACCAGGUCAAAGCCCUGAUCGUGGAGGAGUGGAACCGCAAGGUCUCCCAGCUGGUGGAGAUGGGGACACCUCUGCCAGAGCAGGCCUCAGGAGAUUCCCACAAUCCUUUGCAGCUGUCAGGCCCCGAAGAGCUGGAUGAAGAUGUGCAGAUGCCUGCAGAGGGGGAGGAGGAAGAGGAGGAUGAGAGUGUGUUAGUGGUGGGGACGCCUCCACCUACCCCACAAAGCCCCCCAGAUGCCACAGCUGGUCCCCAGCCAGGCCCAGCGCCUCCUGUACCGCGGCGGGAGCAGCGGCGGAACUACCAGCUGCACUGGCGGGUAGAGUAUCUGAUGGACUAUGAUGGCAGACGGCAUGGGCUGGUGUGCAUGGAGUGGGGGGGGGCGCUUGCCACCCUCAAGGUGAGCACCAUCAAGCGCCACAUCCUGCAGGUGCACCCCUUCUCCUUGGACUUCACCCCAGAGGAGCGGCAGACCAUCCUGGAGGCCUACAAUGAGACAGCCCUGCGCUAUGAGCCUGCCCAGGAGGAGGAAUCGGAAGUUAAGUCCUGCCCCUUCUUCCAGGUGCUUCCUCCUUAA